AUGCCUCCAGUUCACGAUAUUUGCGCACGCGUCCAAAAUGGUUUCAGAGCUCGUUUACAAAGUAUUGCUAUUCCAGAUACGAAAAUGAACCUUGCGAUUUCCAUGAUCCUUUAUCGACAAGGGUUUAUUUCUUCUGUACAACGCGGUAACCACCUUGAGCCAGAUAAGGAAUUUGUGCAAACUCUACCACAUAAUAUCGCAAGUCGAAGAUUAUGGCUUGACCUUAAAUAUCGAAAUAAUGAACCAGUUUUAAAAGCGAUGUCAUGUGUAAGCAAAGGUUCAAGGAGAGUAUAUAUGAAUGUUGAAGAACUUAAGAAUUUGAUAGCUGGAAGAAGGGCUAAAUUAAUCACACCAUUAAAACUUGGUGAAAUUGCUAUCAUUAAUACAUCUUGCGGUGUCUUGGAAAUUAAUGAAGCUAUUGAGCAAAAUCAUGGAGGAGAAAUUCUUUGUAGGGCUAUCUAA